AUGGACUCACUGAGGCACCUAACCAAGUCCAACCUCCCUCCUCCCCCCGAAGUCGAGAAAUACCUCCUCGAGCGCCUCGCAUCCCUCGACGACAACCUCCACACCGUCAACGACGAACUUGCCUCCGCCCAACAAGUCGUUGAGGAUCUCGCUAGCCGCCAUUCCAAGUUACACGAGAAACGCAAGGCGUAUACGGCUAUUAUCUCGCCCCUCAGGAGGCUCCCCGACGACAUUCUUUCUGAGAUUAUUUGUUGUGCCGUUUGGAGCUCGCCCUCGCUGUUCCCGGACGCGGAGGAUGAUCGAAAUAUUGAUAGCAGGAAACCAGUGGAGCAUCCACUCGCCACUCCCUCUGCGACCGCCAUCCUCAACCCACAAGCGAGCUGGGUACAAGAAAAACAACUCGCAACCCUCACCCGUAUCUGCCGCGACUGGCGCCUCGUCGCCCUCCAUACGCCCCUCCUCUGGAGCACCCUCCACCUCCAAGUCUACAACAACGACCCCCCGCUCGACCACUUCGUCGACCACCUUCAGCGAUGGUUCGAUCGAGCAGCCGACGUUCCCUUGUCUCUCACUCUUCUCUUCUCCAAAGGAACCUUGGCGACGGCUGGGAGUGGGAGGGCGAGUGGGAGUACUGUGACUGGAAGUAUCACCCCAUGGGCAGGAACAACACAAUCUUCGAGCGUGGUUGGAACGCGUUUUGCCAGGUUUUUGUUCCAGAAUCGGAGGAGGUGGAGGGAAUUGAAGUUGAAUAUGCCCAGUCUUGGGGGAGUGAUGAGCGCGUUGGUGGGGGCGUCGUCGGUUGGAGGGACGGGGACGACGAACAGUCACAGUGGCAUCGGUGCUUCGUCAACCUGGAAGAUCCUGGAGAUCCUCAGCCUCUCCGGAUGGAUCGCAGAAGACGCUGACGGAGAUACCUUCGAGCGGCCCGGCCUUUCCACUGUCGAUGCCAGUAACUUGGACAAUGGACCACGAAAUUCAAUGCCUCGCCUGAAGUCUCUGACCCUCCACCUGCCUUACCGAAACAUCAAUCGAUGGAAUUGGAUUCCAUGGUGUCAGCUGACGAAACUCGACUUGAAGACUGCGGACACUUACGGAGACUACGUCGCCUUCCUGGAGCAAUGCUCUCAACUGAGAACGUGUCGCUUGCAUUUCAGUCCAUCCUGUGGCGCCAUGUUCUUCGAUCUUCCUUCACUCACAGAUUCUGCAGACACGACGAGCGAUUCUCUGUCACAGAGUUCCGAAGAACAGCAUCUGAUCUUCUUGCCUCACCUUGAGGAAUUGGAAUUAAAGUGCAUCACUUAUGUCAGACCUCUGUUCUCGAAGCUGGUGCUCCCUUCCCUUGGGCGAUUGUCAAUCUCCCAGGACCUGCGUCUGAAGCUCCCAACACCCGAAUUGGACGUCGGGAAAACACUCCUGGACUUUAUCGACCGCAGUUCCAACGCCCGUUCCAGCUGGGACACUUCCGACAGUCCCGACGAAUAUACAUCAUCCGCAUCGCCAUUCCCACCGACCCAACUCCCCCUCACAUACCUGAACCUCCACCUAACCCAAUCCUCCCCCACUCCCGACUCCUUCCCUCGAAUCUCCACGCACCAAUACAUCGAGAUGUUCGAAAAGCUUGAAACGCUCGAGGUACUUCGGGUUACUGACGGAGAAACGAACGCGGAGUUUUUGGAUUUGGUUCAGAGGAAGGGUUUGUUGCCUAAUUUGAAGACGAUUGCGGUGGAGGUUGGACAGGAGCAGAGUGUCAGGGAGAGGUUCGAGAGGUUUGUCAGGGCGAGGACGUUGGCGAGGACAGGGGAAUGA